CCCAAUUGCAUAAAGCUUGUGAUUACUUGCAUUCUGACGAUCAUCGGUAUCUCACAGUCUCAACCUAUAACUGAUGUAACUACUUUUGGAGCUAUUGGAGAUGGCAUCACCGACAAUAAAUUGGCUUUAGGAUUUCACCAUUGUAAUAGGGUUAAGCUAAUAAAAGUUACCUCCAAAAAUAGCCCAAAAAACCAUAUAUCGAUAAAUGCUUGUGAUGGAGCCAUAGUCGACAACGUCACCCUAAUCGCACCUAAGGAGAGUCCGAACACCGAUGGCAUCGACAUUUCGGCUACAAAUGGUGUUCAUGUGAAUGGUGGAACCAUCCAAACAGGUGACGAUUGCAUUGCCAUCAAUGGUGGUAGCUCCAACAUCCACAUUGAUGGUCUCUUUUGUGGCUCAGGUCAUGGCGUAAGUGUUGGAAGCCUUGGAAGAAAUGGCAAAACAGACAUUGUACGUAAUGUUACAGUUAUCAACACCACGUUCACCGCCACUCAAAAUGGAGCUCGAGUCAAAACCGUUCCGGGAGGGUCGGGUUUGGCGGACGAUAUCACAUUUAGUAACAUAACAAUGGUGGCUGUUGAAAACCCCAUCAUACUCACUCAAUUUUACUGCCCGCAUAAACAAUGCAAUGACAUUGCACCCGUGGUUCAUGUAAGCGAUGUUACCUUCAAAGACAUCCAUGGGACUUCUUCGAAACCUGAUGCAAUCAACAUUUUGUGUAGCAAAAGUCCUAAUAGUUGUGCAGGCAUCACACUCGAGCAGAUCAACAUAGGAGCUGCCAAUCCGGCSCAAAKAGUUGUAUCAAAUUGCCAUAAUACACAAGUGCAAACUAUAGGGGUCGUGUCUCCUCCUAUAGUUUGCACUCCUGCAAGCUUUAUUUCAAUGGACACAGUAACCCAUGAGCAACCAYCUAAAGACAUCAUUUAA